AAAAGCGGCGUGAGCCGCUCGUGGCAGAGCUCUGGCUCGGUGUGAGUGUUCCCUCAGAACGCGCGGGGAAGACGAGAUGGAGUUUUUCACGUGCGGGACGAGUUUUAAGAAGGAAAUGUGGCCGUGGAAGGGAAGGGCUGUGCUGCCCCCGGAGCUGCCGUUCCCACACCUCCAGCGGCAGGACAAGGGGGAAUGGCUUCAGGCUGCCAGAGGGCAGGGGCAGCCUGCCUCUGCAAAGUGGUACGACCGGAGGGACUACGUCUUUAUCGAGUUCUGUGUUGAAGACAGCAAAGAUGUAAAUGUAAAUUUUGAAAAGUCCAAACUCACGUUCAGUUGUCUUGGAGGAAGUGAUAACUUUAAACAUUUAAAUGAAAUCGACCUUUUUAAUAAUAUCGACCCAAAUGAAUCAAAGCAUAAAAGAACAGACAGAUCCAUCUUAUGUUGUUUACGAAAAGGAGAGUCUGGUCAGGCAUGGCCAAGGUUAACAAAAGAGAGGGCAAAGCUCAACUGGCUCAGCGUGGACUUCAACAACUGGAAAGACUGGGAAGAUGAUUCAGAUGAAGACAUGUCCAAUUUCGAUCGCUUUUCCGAGAUGAUGAACAACAUGGGUGGAGACGACGACGUAGAUUUGCCAGAAGUAGAUGGGGCAGAUGAUGACUCACCAGACAGUGAUGAUGAAAAAAUGCCGGAUCUGGAGUAAGGAAAACUGUCGUCUUCAGGGUUUUGGGGAAAGAACUUCAUCACAACAUUUCAUAAUUGAGAUAAGAAUUCCUGAGUUGAUAGCCCUAAAGGGAGAUCCUGCAUCCUUUAACCCAUUUUUCAGUCCAUUUUAAAUGGCUUCACUGAUGGUAGGUGUGUCCCAUGGCACGGGGCGGUCUUAAGCCACGAGAGGCAAUAACGUUAUGCAUGAACCGUUUUCCAGACUUCCAAAAAAAGACAAACCAACCCCCCAAUUGAGGUGUAGGCAAUCCGUACAGAACAGUUGCAAUAAAGUUUACAGAGCCUCCUUGCCUCGUAGCAGAUGUAAUUACAAUGGGAGAACCCCUGAAUUUACACCAAAAGGUUAAGCAUUUUUUCCCCCCCUCCUUCCUCCUCCACGACCUGAAAUUGUCUGUUUGUACCGGGAACAAAACUUGUUGUCAUUGGCUCCCCAAAUUCAGCAGGCGAGGCAACAUCCCUCUGUGGUGUCUUCAGGUCUGUUCCACUAAAGUUCGUAUUGAAAAGGAAAACCUAAAACUUCUCCUCGUUUGGUGUUGGGCCCCCCCGAGCCCCCGAGCGGUGCCGGUGGCCGGAGCCUGUCCCUGGUUCCGUGUGACCCCCCCAGACCUCCCCCCUCCUCGCCCGGGGUGAGUGGCUGUACAUUGUUUGCUUUGUCAAUCUGUACAUUUAGACCAAAUCGUAUUUGCACUGUGGGUUUGGCAGCGAGUGACAGACCGUGGGGCCUGCGACCGGGCUGAGAAACCUCAAUUUAUGUUCAGAGCAGCUGGGAUUUUUUUAAUGUCUGCAUUCUUUCUAAUAAACUGUUGAAGACUCCCCUGGC